AUGUUCGCGGAAGAACUCUCAAAGAUCCCGAGCAUGAUGGAAAAAUAUUAUCCGACCCGAGCAGCGUUGGAGAUGAAAGACCCAAGUGUUUAUACAGCAGCUACUGCUAUUGAUGACGAUGAUGAACGAGAAGUUGUUGUGAGUGGUGGUGAUAGAAGUGAGGAUAAUGGUGAUGGUGAUGACGACGAUGCAGAUUUUGAUGAUCGUGCUGCUGGUGUUGCUUAUAUGUACUGGAGACUUGCAACGACGACUUGUCCCCUCGUCUCGCAGAAGCAAGAAUAUUUGGACAAGUCUGAAGCUUACAUCAGUGCUGCUCUCAGAAUGUCAAAACCUCCAGGAAAGUCGUUGAGAACUUCUACUUUCUUGACGGGGAUCGCGGGGGUUUACGCUGUUGCUGCCGCAAUUGCGUUCACAAAGAAAGAGAGCACGAGGGUUGCAAGGCUGACAAAGGAGGUGAAAAUAGAGCUAUCUUAA